UACGGCGACGCCAUUUUUGCGUUGGAUUUGAUCGUGGUGUUUGUGUCGCCUGCUACGAGUUUUUGAUUUUAUAAACAAAUGUAAUUCGUUAUUUUGAUAAAACGUAUUAAAUCUUCGUGUGGUUAUCAAAUGCAAUGUAAGAAAACAGUUUGUGUUAUUACAAGUUCAGUAAUUGUGAUAUUAUUCUCUGCGCGGGAAAUGUGACUACGUCCAAUAUCAAUUUCGCUAGAGGACAUUAUUGGAUAAAUAAAGCUACAGUGCAUAAGGUUAUAACUCUACAACAAUGAUUCCAAAUAAAGUACGUGAAAGCCGGAGAGUGAAAUCCUUAAAACUCCCAAAAAGCCUGGAACGCUUGUAUAAAGAAGGAAAAUGUCGCGAGUGUUCAGUUGUUGUUACUCGCAUGGAUUUUGCCAAGAUACUAGGCAAAUUUACCAAGGUAAAAAUACAGUACGAAAGCAGUACAACUCCUAAAACGAAACAAAAUGUUGACUCGACUUUGCCAAAUACGAACGCCAAAUUAAGAAACACUGAGAAUGGUAUGGUCCUUGUCCAUAGAAAAGCCUGUAGUCAACCAGAUAAAGAGGUGUUAAAUAGUAAAAAGACGAGAAAUAACAAACUUGCGUCUCCAGUCGCAACAAAUGUAUUAAAAGAAAACAACAGGUUAAAAAAACCUGUACUGAAAGACAAAAAUUCCAAUUAUGAAGAGAAGAAACAAAAAAACGGCAGUAACUUGAAACAAUACAACAUUGUAUUUGAAGAUCCCUUGUGUAACAACAAUAAUAAUGAAAUUAACUUUAAAAUUUCAUUAAUUGAUUUAUUACCAGAUAUUGAUGAGAAUAUACUUCCUUCCGAAGAAUGGUGUAUAGAUUCCUUUCCCAAAAAAGAUGAACCAAAAGAUGAUCAGGUGUACGAUAGGAUAGCCGCAGAACUAGAAGAUCUCAUGUACAAUGAAAAACCGAUAGCAAAAUCUGAGGAAAAACAAGAUGUCACAGAAAGCAAAGUGGAUGACUUCCCAUCAAUAAUGGACAUCCUGAAUGACAAUAGUAGUGAGAGUAAAUCAACUGACCAAAGUAAUACACUUGAAUUUAAAUCUAAUUUAGAAUCUAGUGAUGUGGAAGCAAUGCUCCUUGGUAAAACAAAUGCUACAUGUGAGACUGCUCCAACACCAAUGGAUGUUGACAACACUAGUAUGGGUAAUUUGAUUGAAGAUGUUAACCAACUCAGCACAAUUCAAGAAACAUUAACUACUAAUAAUGACACUUCUAAUAACAGUGAGAGCACCUUACAUAACUCGGUGAUGCCAGAAGAGAUUGACAACCCGCAUAGUCCUUCCAUUCUUGAUGAAGCAUUGCAAAAAGGUAUUGAAGAACACUUACCAAUUAAACAAGAUGAGCCAGUACCAGAAAAUGAAGAAACAGAAGAUAAAACAGCUGUUGAAAUAAGAGAAAAUAUAAAUUCUGUUUCAGCUACUGAUAUAGAAAUGAAGGAAACUGAAUCUAAGGUAACAGAUGUCUGUAUUGAGGAUAAAAAUCAGUGUAAUGAUAAAGUUAAAAGUAAGGAAACAAACUUUUUAUCUAUGAAGGAGGAAAUCACACAUAUUGUGUUUAAAAAAACUAAAGAGGGUGCAUGUUCAAAGUCUGUAACGUGUCCAAAAAAUUUAAAGUACUGUAUUGAAAUUUCAGAAAAAUCGGUUGAAUUCUUAGGUGCACCAAAAUAUAUCACAAGUUUAGAAGACUUAAAAGUGCUUUUGCAAAUAGUAAAUGAGAGUGAAUUAGAUAGUCCCUAUGUAUUGCAUUGAGUUAUUCGAGAGAAUAGAAAUACCUAUAAUAUUAUGUAAAUAUAUUCAUAUACUUACACAAAUCUAAACAUAGUUGAAUCAUUUCAACAUUUAAAAAUUAGUGCCUACCUAGAUAGUUAGGAAAUGACUGAAAAACUGUUAAGUGUAUUACAUGAUUCAAUUUGCAAUAUUUAUUAUGACGUUACUGACAACACAACUAUGAAAUAAAUAUAUCCUUAGGUCAAUAACUUGUUACUUGUCUCUUAAAAGAUGUUAAAUCAGGUAUAAUAAUACUUCAAGGAAUAUAUAAUUUUAAGUUGUCAUUUACAGAGAUAAUAUGUAAUUGCUUAACAGUCUUCCUGGUUCAGAAAAAUGAAGGUAUAUAAUACUUUCGAGCUUUUAGUUAAUAAAACAAUCAACUGGUACUGGUACCCUAAGUAAUUUGUCAUCCAAAGCUUGGCAAUACUCUGGCAAUGUCUAUAAAUCAACAAGUUUUAAUAACAAGAUAGUGAUAUAUGGCAUGGCAUAAUUUUAUUAAAACAACUUUACCUGUCUUUUGUUAGUCUUGAUAUAAAUAUAACUGCAAUUUAUUGAUUUCAAUAAUUAUAUUUUCAUUACUUUAGUUUUUAGAAAUUAAAAUAACAUUAAUUUAGUUGGUGAAUUGUGUAUGUUCAUAUAAGUUAUUGAAUUCAAUAUUUCUGACUGGUGACAACCCCAUUAGCUGAAAGUAAGGAUUAAGUUUUUGAACCCAAAAAACCUGAUAUAAAAUAUAAUUGUUGCCCAAGACAUGGUUAACAUAAUAAAAAUAAAGAAAAAUCAACUUAAAUCAAUAUUACCACAUUCUUUCUAUUAAUUUUUCGACUAUUUUUUUUUAUUUCUAUUACAUUCAUAAAUUUGAGUAGGUAGUUACAAUAGCCCACUUAUAUAUCUAUGCAAUAGCCUAGAGAUGUUAUUUCAGUUAUAUUCAAAUGAUUAGAAUUUAUAUUUAAACAGGGCAACAUUCUGUACUUCAUAUAAGGUUCAUGAAAAAUAACCUGGGUAAAAUCUUUGAAAUUUAAAUUAUAUUGAUAAUUAUUUUGUUCAUAUAUAUUAUCUCAAUAUUUAUUUCUUUUCACAAAAUACUAAGUAAUCCAAUUAUGGUAAAUUGACCAGUAGAAUUUUAAUUAUUUUAUGCUGGCAACUAUACCAUGCCUGCUUCAUCCUGAAUACCUAUGCUAUGUACCUAUCUCGUAAGUAAAGUUCUAUGCUACAAACACAGUACCUAAUAUUAUGACGAAUUAGGUUUCAACAAAGUACAUAAAUGUUAUAAAUAUAUUUAAAAUUUGUAUGUUGAAUUGCAAUAAAAUUCUCGAAAUAAAUCUUUA